AUGUAUCUUAUUCUUGAUGUACAGACACUAACCACACUGAACCUUCAUGGUAUUCGAAUUGGAGCUAAUGGAGCACGAUAUCUUGCUGAAGGAUUGAUGAAUAAUACGUCACUUACUACACUCAAUAUCAGCGAUUGUUUAAUUGGAGAUACAGGAAUACAACAUAUUGCUACUAUGUUACAAAAUAAUAUGGCAAUUGCUAUACUCAACAUUAAUUACAAUGAAAUAAGUGCCAAUGGAAUACAAUAUCUUGCUAAUGCUUUACAAUCUAACACGACUCUUACUACUCUAGAUAUUGGGGGUAAUCAUUUUGGGGAUGAAGGUAUAGUCUAUAUAGCUGAUGUAUUACGAUCAAACAAGACGCUCACUGAAUUAUACCUAGCUGCUAAUGAUAUCGGUGAAAAUGGUGUGAAGUAUUUAUGUGAUGCAUUAGAACAUAAUACAGUAACUAUCAUUCCUUAUUCAUCAACACUUACCAUUGUCGAUAUUAGCGAUACUGAAAUUUCAGAUGAAGGAGUAUCAUAUCUUACUAACGUUUUACGAAAUAAUAGAACUCUUACCACAUUGAAACUUGAGCAAAACAACAUCGAGGAUACAGGAGCACAACAUCUAGCCGAUGGAUUACGAAAUAAUAUAACUCUCACUAAACUGACACUUGCUGGUAAUCCUAUCGGUGAUGAUGGAGUACACCAUCUGACUGAUGCUUUACGAGAUAAUAAAGCACUCACCACGUUGGAUCUUAGUUACAGCAACAUCGAAGCUAAAGGUAUAUUAUGUAUUGCUGACAUUUUAAAACAUAAUACGGUAGCCCUCAUUCUCUUAUUGUGUUUCUCAUACUCAUUUUCUGCUAUACUUAAAGAUGCUUGCGGUAUUGCAUUUGGAAUCCAAUAG